ACUAAACAACUAGGUGGCGGCAGUGCAUCUAAACACCGACUAUCGCGCUCCAGAACCCAUGAAGAAGAAGCAGCAGUAAUGGAGGCAGCCUUCAGCCGGUCCAAGAGCCAGAACCAGGACCGACUGGACCUGAGCCGUAAAGGCAGCGUGGAUGAGGACAUCCGGUCGGUGGUUUCUCUGCUCAACGGCUGCGAGCAGUUCUUCACCACCAGCUCCUGUUCCGGAAGGAUCAUCGUCAUUGAUGGGGCGGCGUGCAGCGGCGACGUCCACAAGCAGGACUGUGUCUGGCUCUUGGUGUCCCACCAGAAGUGCUCCUCUGAGGACGUGAUGUGCGCUCUGAGCAGGUCCAGCCGAGACGCCGUGUUGAAGUUUGAGCCCUUUGUUCUCCACGUCCGCUGCCGGAGGCUGGAGGACGCUCAGCUUGUGCACUCGGCUGCCGUCAACUCAGGCUUCAGGAACUCUGGGAUCACCGUCGGCCGGACGGGAAAGAUCAUCUCGGCGGUCCGCAGCACCCACGGCCUGGAGGUUCCUCUGAGCCAUGAAGGCAGACUCCUGGUGGACGACGACUACGUCCGCUUCCUGACGCAGACGGCCAAUCAGAAGAUGGAGGAGAACCUGAGACGGAUACAGAGGUUCUACCAGAACCUCCAGUCAGCCCUGUCAGCAGAGAGACUCGCCGUUCCAGACGCUCCCAGUGAACCCCGAAGCGGGAGGACGGCAGGACGGGGAGCGAGCGAACAGAACCCGAGGAGCCGGCAGCGUGAGGCUGAGGGUUUCCAUGGUGACCUGGAUCUGGAUGACUGUCUGGAUCUGUUCACGUGAACGGCUGAGGGUUUCCAUGGUGACCUGGAUCUGGAUCUGUUCACGUGAACGGCUGAGGGUUUCCAUGGUGACCUGGAUCUGGAUCUGUUCACGUGAACGGCUGAGGGUUAACGUUCCUCUAAGACCAAACCGUCCCUGACAGACAUGCUGGAGGAGGAGUGACAUGACUGAACAUUGGACCCGGUCCUGCUGGUCCUGGAAUCGCAGUCGGUCCUGCUGG